AUGGCGCCUUCGCCGGGCAUGAGUCGCGCAGGGUGGUGGGUGACCAUGCUGGCGGCGCAGAUUUCGGCCUGUGGAGUUGGAGUCUGUCACUGUGAAGAGGAAGGUGAGCUGGACCGGCUGCCGGCAAGUUUGGGCCGCCAAGAGCGUCGAGCCUUCGCCGCCAUGUUGAAUGCCCAACAGCCAGCUGCGUGGGUUACCUGGGACCCGCUGCUGGGCCUGAAGGCCCCUGCCCGCACUGUCGUCUGGAAAGGUAGACGUGGGGCUUGGUUUCGGAGACGCAUGCGGCGCUGGUCUGGCUGGCCAUAUCGUGGGAAGAGGGUGGGGGAAGCAAGCAAUCCGGGACCUGAACCGGGCACGCCUGUUGGCGGAGAACGGCCUCCUCGUGAGCGCUCUCCUCCUCGCGCGGGCUCCGCCCCCGGGCCUGCGGCUGCUGCUCAACCGGCUGCACGAGUUGCAAGUGCCAAGGCAGUCGGUAGGGUUUACUGCCCUGUGUCCACCUGCCCGUGCUCGGAUGCUGCCCGGGCCCGAGGGUGGGCCAAUGUGGCCGCUAUGCGCUCGCACAUCGACGCUCACCUCGCUGGGGCAGCAGGUGGCGAGGUGCCACAGGCCUGGCUGCAAGCCAAUGGACGCACCAGGUGUUUGGUUUGUGGCCUUAGUGUGUCAGAAAAAUUUGGCAUCCAUCCAACAUGCCGCCCUGCUGCUCGGGCUGCUGCUGUCGCUGAGGGCGACCCCAUGGAUACUGAUGAUCUGGACUUGCCGUCCUUUGAAGCCAUUCAGGCAGCCCGGACUGCCACCUUGCGCCACGUCCCCGCCAAAGCACGCCACCUCUGGAACCAGCUUCUCGCUCGUGCCUUGGCUGCUGUCGCGCAUCGCAAUGAUGAGGAAGCCUGGCGCGAGCUACUCAUGCUGCCGCAAAGUGUACUCUGCGCGCCAGCGCGACGGGGGAAGAAGCACGCGAGAGCCGUCGCUGCUUUCGUCCUGGAUCGCAUGCAGCGAUGGCAGGAGGGGGAGCGCAGGUCCUUAUGGGACACGCGCCCUCAGCACCGCCAGCGGUGUUCUGCAGCGCCCACGCCUGAGGAGCGGCGAGGCCUGGCUGAAGCGUGGGGAAGGGAGGGGUUCGACAGAAAAGCCUGCGCGGCCUUGUUGUCUAAAGGCUUAUGCCCUGACAACGCUGAGACUGCUCGGGCUUUGGAACUCCUUCAUCCCCAGAGAGCUCCUCCCGCAGCUCGACCGCCGCAGGAACUUCCUCUUGCGCCUGAAGUCGCAGCUGAGGUGGUGGCCCGCUGCCUGCGUGCUUUUCCUGCUGAAACAGCCCCGGGGCCCACUGGCCUCCGUGUGCAGCACUUGCGCGACGCCUGCAUUGCUGGCGGACAUGAGGCCUUCCUCUCGCAGCUCACUGCUGUCGUCAAUGUUCUUGCUCAAGGACGUGCUCCGCCUAGUGUCGCCCCUGUGUUGGCCGGGGCUGGGCUGGUCGCACUGCCGAAGGCCAGCGGGGGCGUCCGGCCCAUUGCUGUGGGUGAGCUCCUGCGCCGGCUCACUGGCAAGUGCCUGAUGAGUCUGGUCCGUGAUGAGGCUCGCGCCUAUUUCUGGCCGGCUCAGGUUGGGGUCGCGGUCAAAGGAGGUGCAGAGAAAGCGGUCCAUGUUCUGCGGGCUUGGACUAGCCGCCACGCGGGUUCUUCUCGCAAGGUUUUGGUCAAACUGGACUUUGCCAAUGCCUUCAACUGUGUCCACCGGGACACCGUACUUGAUGAAACUACAAACCGCUUCCCUGCUCUGGCACGCUGGGUUACUUGGUGCUACCGGCAACACACGCGGCUCCAGUUUGGAGCUCGCGCCCUGGAGUCCUGCUCUGGUGUUCAGCAGGGCGACCCGCUCGGGCCGCUGCUGUUCGCAGCUGCCUUGCAGCCUCUCGCCAGCCAGCUCCACCAGGGCAGGACCCUGGACAUUGCAAUGCACUUCCUGGAUGACGGUGUGCUUGCCGGUGACAUUGCCGCGGUCAGUGCUGCUCUGACCCUGGUCCAGCAGCAGGCCUCCGCAAUUGGACUGCAACUCAACCUGCGUAAGUGCGAAGUUGUGGCUUUGGGACCUAUUGAUGAGGGCAUCAUGCGCGCAAGUUUCCCGGCUGCCCUGCUGCUCCAUGCUGAUGGUUCUGGGAGAGUGCUCAGGAACUUCGAGUUCCUGGGGGCCGCUAUUGGGGACGAUGACUUCAUCCAGACACACACCCUGGCGCGGGCAGAAAAAGCGGGUGAAUUGCUGGAGGCGCUGGCCGAGCUUGAGGACCCCCAGGUGGGACUACGCUUGCUGCGGGCGUGCGCCGGCUUCUGCCGCAUGGUUCACAGCAUGCGCUGUAACCCGCCUGCAGCUCAGGCUGCAGCUUUGGCCCACUUUGAUGGGCUGGUGCGGCGGUGCCUCGGUGGUCUCACUGGCAUCCAUGUUACUGCUGAGCAGUGGUUGCAAGCCUCUCGAGGGCUCGCGCACGCGGGGCUUGGGCUGCGCUCUUGCUCUGCCCAUGCGCCUGCUGCCUACUUGGCCUCGGUGGGGGCCUCCCUGGAACACUGCAGUGACCUCGACCCCAACUUCUCAAAGGAGGCCGUUCAAACCUCGAACCAUGUGGUCGGGGCUUUCCACCUGUUCCAGAACACCGUGGGCAGUCGGGUUGCUACGCUUGCUGCUGCUUUGCAAAGCAAGCAACGCGACCUGUCUCAGCUUUUGGACUCCACCUGCUUCGCUGCCCAGCUUGAACACAGCAGCCACGUCGCUCGGGCUGCCCUUCACUCUGAAGCGGGGUUGGGGGCGCGCGCCUUCCUCAACGCCAUGCCCUCAGGACGCACGCGCAUGGAGCCUGCCGCCUUCAUUGCCGAGUUGCGAAUCCGCCUGGGGGUGCCCGAAGCCACUGAUGAUUGCUGGUGUCCUCGCUGCGAUGGGGUCUUGGACUGCUGGGGCUACCACGCUGGCAUGUGUGUGGCUGGCGGCGAACGGACUCUGAGACACAACGCUGUCCGUGACCUUGUGUGUUCCUGGGCUGAGCGGGCUGGCCUUCGGCCGGAGAAGGAGCGCCCGAACCUUCUGCUGCCCACUUGCCCUGAAGACACGCAGACAGGCAGACGUCGCCCUGCCGAUGUCUUUCUGCCUGCCCUUGCUGGGUCUCCCGCUGCGCUUGACUUCGCUGUUACAGCGCCUCAGCGGCAGGAGACCCUAGCACUGGCAGGCAGGGAGACAGGCGCGGCGGCUGCUGCCUACGCCCGCCACAAGGAGGCGCACUUGGGCACUGCGCAGGCCUGUGAGGGCCAGGGCGUGGUGUUUGUGCCGAUGGUGGUGGAAUCCACAGGCACAUGGGACAAAGGUGCGGGCAUCGUCCUCCAGCACAUUGCGCGGGCUGUGGCUGCGCGGACUGGCGAGGAGCCCCAGCGUGCACAUUCCGCCCUCAUGCAGGAGCUGUGCGUUCUGAUCCGUGCCCAUCGGGCGCGGGCGGCCCUGCGCCGCCGCGCUGAAGCUGCGGAGACAUGGGCGAUGCUGGAGGCAAAGGAUUUCCGCACCUUCCUGGAAGCACGGAGCUGCGCUCGGGAGGUGGAUGUUGAGGUGGUGGAGAGUCCUCAUCCCCUGGAGAAGCUCAUCCGCGAUCUCUACAACAGAAUGAAGGAUCUACAGUGUUCCAAGCAGACGCCUUUCCAUGGGCCUCCUCUGCUUUGCGCCCGAGUCGGUGAGCAAGAGGCGGCCAACGUCACGUGCUUCGAGAGUACCACGGGACUCCCUCUGACUGAGUCCCUCGAGUCACUGGCUUCCCAGCUCCCUCCAACAACUGCCCCGGAACUUUUCCGGAUCUGGCCCCCGUGGCCCAGGCCAAGGCAGUUUGCACUUGCCGCAGACAGUGACCGCAUUGCCUUCGUCGUCGGCCGGGAAGAAAGUUAUGGGCCCUUUGUGCUCUUCGCCUACGAGCUAGAUACACCGAAGUUUCGGGAGCUGGGCCGCGUGGCGUUGAUCAACGGCUUAGAGCCGACGGCGCUGCAUGGCUUCGCAGAUGGCCGCGUUUUGGUCGGCUUCCAGGAAGCCCGGGUCGACUACGUCGACCUGCAGGAUGGCACUCAGGAGGUGUUGCAUGAUUCAGUUGGCCGCGGGCAGGGGAAGGCCAUUGAUGCCUUUGCGUGGAACGGUGCAAACCUUUUGGUUGCCGUGGAUGACUUUCUGACGCCCAAGUGGAUGGUCAGUCUUGAUCUGUCUGUCGGGCGAAGGCCAGCCGUGCUGGGUAGAGUGGGCCUACCAAGUGGUGUCAAUGAAGAGAUAUUGGAUGCGCUGUUCCUUGGUGCCCAAUCCUUAGCCAGGGAUCUGCCUUGUCCUUCAUGUCUCUGGACGAAAGCGGGCUUAACUUCACCCAGGUGUCUGGCAUUGAGUUCAUGGAAUGGGAAGCAGAGGAAGGAACCACGUGGGUUGGGCGUUUUUCUCAGCUGCUCAAGCUGGAGAAGAGCUUGCAUGACGAGAUUGUUAUUGCUGCAGCAGAGCGUGGGCUGGUGA